GCCUCCCAAAGUGGUGGGAUUACAGGUGUGAGCCACCGCACCCGGCCUAUGCUUGAAUCUUUUAUUAGUUGGAGCUGUUAAUAACUUCACCAGGUCAGACAGGUUUGAGUGAUAAGUUUGCUGAUAGGUUUGAUUGCUGCUUCUGAGACCCAGACUCAAAAUCUAGGUUUAGCUACAUUAAGAAGGCAACCACUACAGAUAAGUGUCCAAUCCUGAGAUCUCUUAAAACAAUGAUGGAAUCCAAGCCUGUUAGGAAAAUCCUUUUGCUAGAGAAUCUCCGGUCUCUUUCAUCCUGGUCAUUAGGCCUUGGCUAAAAGGAGGACAUUUAACAUUUAUUGUAUGCUAGACUGUGCUAGGCCAUUCCAUAUAAUGUUAUCUUAUUUAAUCCUCAUAAUUUCUCUGAAAUAUUUUGUAUUGUCCCUAUUUAUAAUCCAAGUUGUUUGAGUUUUUUAACCUUCCCAGACUUUAUAUCUGCUACCCGUCCAACUAGAAUAGUGUUAUGCCUCCUUUUUGUAUAAUGGAUGCCUACUUAUUCCUCAGAGCUCCUCUCAGAUGUUACUGUUUUAAAGAAGCCUUCCCAGUCCCCUGGGCAUAUUUCCCUAUUACACUAUCAAAGUCUUGAUUCCCUAUUACACUGCACUGAUCAAAGUGCACUGACCUCAAUAGCACAAUUAACUACGUGAUUAGUCAUUUAAUAGCUGUCAUUUCUGCUGAGGUGUAAGCUUCAUGAGCACAUAAGUGUGCCUGUGUCAUUUUUCUAUAUUACUUGCAGUGCCAUGUAUAGUUCCUUGUUUGGUAAAUAAUUAUUGUAUGGUUAUGGCAAAUAAAUUCCAUAAACAGAAGUUGAAUGCUGGUCCACUGUCACUGUAAAAUCUUCCUUUAAAUUAUACAAUAUAUAGGACCUAAGAAGGAAGCAUUUCUUAAUGAAAUUACCCCAGAGGCUCUUCCUGAACCCUAUUUCAGUUCUAGAUUGGCUAAUGAUAAAAGUUAUUCAUUAAUCUUAGGUGGUUAGGGUGUGGUCUGAGAUAAAGAACUUGAAGUCUUUUAAGUAGAUAAUCCUUUCAGAGAAGUCUCAUCUUUCUGUGGAGUUGUGUUUGAAGAAAGCUAGUGGGAAAAGUUCCAGGACUAUAUGUCCCAUCAGGAAACUACAAGAGGUAGAAACAUUUGUUGAUUUACCAGCGUUUUUAACUUCGUGCUGGGCUGAAAACAGCUUUUGUGGAAAAGCAAAACUUGGCAGCAAACAUUUAAAAUGAAGAGCCCCCAAACUUUUGAGGAACAAACAGAAUGCAUUGUGAACACUCUACUCAUGGACUUCUUGAGCCCAACAUUGCAGGUUGCCAACCGGGACCUAGGCUGUGAAGAUGAAGUAGAUUCAGGAGAGUCGUGCUCUUUUGAUGUAGAAAUCAUCGCUGGUCGCCUUCGGAUGUUGGGUGACCAGUUCAACGGAGAAUUAGAAGCUUCUGCCAAAAGUGUCCUUGCAGAAACCAUUCAGGGACAGGCAGGAGCUAUGCUUCAGAGUACAGUGGAAUCUCUCAGCAGGACCUGGUGUGGCUCAGAUUCCAGCUUAGUUUAUGAGAGAGCCUUUCUGGCAGUGUCAGUGAAACUUCUUGAGUGUGUGGCUCACAUGGCUCCUGAAGUGGUGAGACAGGUGGCUAACUCCAUGAUGGGUAUGAUCAAUGGGAACAGAGCCAUCCGGGAGUUCAUCCAGGGCCAGGGAGGUUGGGUAAGUAUGUUGGGGCUCCUGGUUUUGCUAGGUAUUUGCACUGUUUUUGUACUAAUACUUGGGAUUCCAAUUCAUGACCCUUUUUGUAAAUUGGAAAACAACAGGAAAACAGGCUUCCCUACUUUGCAAAAAUUCCUGAAUUUUCUUGCUAUGAAAUAG